UGGGGGCCGUAGGGGGCUCUGGCUGCGGGCGGCGGGCGGGCACUCUCAGCUGCACCAGAGCACGGCACAGGGGCCCCGACAGCUGUCCUCAGCGCCACCACAGCCUCCUCACUCCAUGGCCAUGAGAGCCGCCUGCCUCUUCCUGCUCUUCCUGCCUGCAGGCCUGCUGGCUCAGGGCCAAUAUGACCUGGAUCCUCUUCCCCCAUUCCCGGACCAUGUCCAGUACAACCACUACGGCGACCAGAUUGACAAUGUAGACAACUACUAUGACUACCAAGAAGGGAGUCCUCGACCUCCUGAGGAACAGUUCCAGUCCCAGCAACAAGUCCCACAGGAAGUCAUCCCAGCCCCCACCCCAGAACCGCCAGCUGCAGGGGACCUGGAGACUGAGCCCACGGAGCCCGGGCCUCUUGACUGCCGCGAGGAACAGUACCCAUGCACCCGCCUCUACUCUAUCCACAAGCCUUGUAAGCAGUGUCUCAAUGAGGUCUGCUUCUACAGCCUUCGCCGGGUGUAUGUCGUCAACAAGGAAAUAUGUGUCCGCACAGUCUGUGCCCAUGAGGAACUCCUCCGAGCUGACCUGUGCCGGGACAAGUUCUCCAAGUGUGGCGUGAUGGCUGUCAGUGGCCUGUGCCAAUCUGUGGCUGCCUCCUGUGCCAGGAGCUGUGGGGGCUGCUAGGGUGGAGCUGGUGUGGGAUCCGAGCCCCAGACCCAGCUCGGAUCCACCUCAGGCCCCGCCUGAACUGGUGCUUUCUCCCAUCCUGCCCUCCCUUUC